AUGAAGAUGAAGAUGAAGAAAUGGCGGAGGGUGAGGGAGACGAAGAGGACGAAGAAGACGAGGAUAUGCAACCUGCGGGAUUUGACGAGGGUGACUUAGGCACAGGCCUGGUCCUUGAGGGCGGUGUGAAGCCUGCCGCUGAACUGGACAGCGAAGAAGUGAACAAGAUGGAGUUAGAAGGCGUGGCGGAUGUCACGAGCGUUGCUACAUUGGAACAACAGCCGCGAUUGAAGGAGAUCUUACAGAAAAUAGAAGAAUAUUCCUCACGACCCGCGCCCUCAGAAGAUGUUUCUCAACUCCCCGUUCACCAGAAUCCGGAAUAUCAGCUUACAGUGGCUGCGAACAAUCUCGCAGUCGACGUCGACAACGAAAUUCUUGUGGUGCACAAGUACAUUCGAGACAACUACAACCCGCGCUUCCCUGAGCUGGAGACACUUGUCCCUGAUAGCUGGCAGUUUAUCAAGGCUGUCCGAGCCCUGGGAAAUGUGGAGGAUAUCGCUUCUGUAGACUUGGCUGCGGUGCUCCCUCCCGCAGUGGUCAUGAGUGUACGAGUCACAUACACGACGACUUCGGGAAAGGUGCUCGCCGAGACGAGGUGGAAGGCUGUGGAACGAGCAUGCGACCUCGCAGACAGGCUGGAAGGUGCAAGAGUCAAGAUAUUUAACUACGUCAAGUCGAGGAUGAAUAUCAUCGCACCAAACCUUUCGGCCAUAGUGGGAACGACCACGGCCGCGAAGAUCCUUGGUGUCGCAGGUGGACUGGGGAGCUUGAUCAAGAUGCCUGCAUGCAACUAUCAUCUGCUUGGUGCUCAGAAGAAAAUUGCUGCUGGCUUCUCAACAGCCACCCAAAACCGACACACGGGGUUCAUCUUCCAAUCCGAGAUCGUGCAAGAAACUCCACCCGAUUUGCGGCGAAAAGCUCAACGAACAGUGGGCGCUAAAUGUGCUCUCGCAGUGCGCAUGGACCUGGAACGCGCCUAUCGAGACGGGUCUUACGGUUUCAAAGUCCGGGAACAGGUAGAGAAGCACUUGGAGCGACUGGCUGAACCACCUCCUGCCAAGGUCGUCAAAGCCCUUCCCGUGCCCACCGAGGGACGCAAAAAGAAGCGAGGCGGGAAACGGGCACGCAAGGCCAAGGAGGCAUAUGCGAUGACCGAGCUCCGUAAACUACAGAACCGGAUGGUGUUCGGCCAGGCGGAGGAGGAGGCAGGCGCGUUCGACGAGACGGUCGGGAUGGGCAUGAUCGGUGCCAGUUCUGGGCGAGUAAGAGCGAGCACUGGAGAGGAGAAAAGCAAGGCAAAGAUGUCCCGCGCGAACAAGCUGAGGACGCAAGCGAUCACGAACGCUGCGAAGAGGAGUAUGGGCCAGGCAAGUGGCACGGCAACAAGUCUUGUGUUCACCCCGGUGCAGGGCUUGGAGCUCAUCAACCCGGCAAUCCAAGCACAACGAGUCAAGGAGGCGAACCAGAAAUGGUUUGCGAACGGCACGUUUACAUUCGUUGGUCAGAAGGGGGACAAGAAGUAG